AUGUCAGGAAAACCUGUGCCCGAGAGCCUGACCGACAGGCCACUGCCCUCGUCCUUUGACGAGAACGAGGACUUUUACAACGCGAACCCCUUCCAGAAGAUCGCCCGCAAGAUCAAGCGCGAGCCGCUGAUCCCCUUGGGGUGCCUCCUCACCGUCGCCGCCUUCACCUCGGCCUACCGCGCCAUGCGCCGCGGCGACCACCAGCAGGUGCAGCGCAUGUUCCGCGCGCGCGUGCUGGCGCAGUCCUUCACCGUCGUCGCCAUGGUCGCCGGCGGCGUCUACUUUGGCCAGGAGCGCCGCCAGGAGCGCGACGCCUGGAAGGUCCAGCAGCGGCAGAAGGAGGAGGACCAGAAGGCCCGGUGGAUCCGCGAGCUCGAGGCCCGCGACGAGGAGGAGAAGGCCCUGAUCGAUCGCCUCGAGCGCCGCAAGAAGCGGGCCGCCGAGCGGGAUGCCGCCCGCGAGGCCGGCGCCCCGGGCACGGAGGUGGCCGGCAAGGCCCAGGUCGGGACCGAGGUGCUGAGCGUCGAGAAGAAGGAGGGCACCAGCGUGCUGGGCUCGCUCGGGGGUCUUUUUGGCGGUGGGAGCAAAUCCGGCGAUGCCCAGCGGAAAUCUGAUGCGGACGCCGAGAAGUAA